CCAAACAUGAAGGCUUUUGAUUUCUCAGAUGACUUCAUUCCAUUUCUUUUCGCACUAAUAUUGCUGUCCUUAGCUAUUGCUAGCAACUCGAUGGUGGUAGCUGCAGUACGGAAAAAGAGGUUUCUACGAUCGACAACCAAUUAUCUUCUGGUAAAUCUUGCUGUAGCAGACAUUGUGAACGCAAUAUUUCUACCCUUCAUGUUGAUUCAACGGUAUGUCAGAUUUGAAAAAGGGAUUUUGGCUGAUUUUCUUUGCAAGUUUUUCAUUUAUUACCACGUUCCUGUGACGGCAAGUAUUGUAUCGACCCUCACUCUAGUUGUUCUGUCUGUAGAAAGGUACCACGCCAUCGUGAAACCAAUGAGGACAGUGGGAAUAAGACUGAGAAAAGAUACCGUAAAAUAUGCCAUCGUUGCAGUGUGGAUUAGUGCAAUAAUUUUGACGCUGCCUCUUUAUAUCUCCGGAUAUUAUGACACUACAACGAAGAUAUGUCUUCAUAACAGUGAUAAGACUUUUCAGCAAGUUUUUGUCUACAGUUUUAAUUUUAUUGUUACUUUCCUCCCAUUUAUCAUCAUCACUUUCUGUUACUUCCAAAUCGUUCGUGAGCUGUACUUCAAGAACAAAGUGGCACCACAGAACAUUGCAGCACAACAAGACGCAUUAAAUAAGAGAAAAAUCGUGAAGUUAUCCAUCUCAGUCACCACUGCAUUCGUACUUUGUUUUUUUCCUCUGGCAAUAACUAUAAGUUUGACAACACUGGAUUCUAGCAGGUUCCCGCGCAAGUACUCUCAGACAGCCAGCGUGCUAUACUUUGCACAGACUAUUAUAAACCCAUUCUUGUAUGCUUUUCAAAGCACUAAUUUUCGUCGGGCUUUUAAACUAAUACUCUCUUGUCGCCAGUAG